AUGAAUCGCUAUCAAUCACUAUCGUCACAGUCCAAUUCUUAUGGAGAGUAUACUUCUAAUUUUUCUGAUUUGAUCCAAGGGAUAUUUCAGUUUACUUUUGAUCUGUCCCUAGCUUUAAUAAAGCGUUUGUUUGGAUCCCAAGGUAAUUAUAAUAGUUCUGCGAUUGCAGAUGAAUUCAGACCAGUGGAUUUACAACCUUCGUUGUCCGCAAAUGGACUGCGUUCAUUACGUUUUGACGGGAAUCAGAAAUCGUUUGAAAACCAUGGGUAUCAUCCGUGGUUAGUCGUCGCAGUAGGUUUAUUGGCGGUUGCUAUGUUAAGUUACGAUUCAUCGAAAUCUGAAAGGAAGCCAGCACCCGUUCAUGAGCAGGAGGAAUCGUUUGAAGAGCCUACUGAAGAGCUUAUUGGGGAAUCUGGACUUACAGAUGACGACACAAGUGGCAAAUAUGUCUUCAGGAGAAAGCUGCCCAUUUCUCUAGAUAUGCCAAAAACUUUUCGAACGCAACGUAAGGAAAUCGGACUGCCCUAUCAAGAUGUAACAGUUUCGAGAUCUACACCAAUUUCAUUAUUGUUAUGGGAAUCAAAGUAA